CUUCAUGUUUCAUCCCACCAAAUUGAUUACUAGAAAUUAUUUGUAUGAUGGCAGGUUUUAUUUCAAAAGAUGCGGCUGUAAUGGCUGGAGUGCCAAUACAGUCAUUUUCUUCAAAAACAGGAAUCAUAGAUCUUCACAAAAUUGUAAAAUUUCUCCAGCACUAGAAGAACGGGUAUGCAUAAAAAGAAAGUUUUUCAACAGCGAUGUACACUGGAGCAACAGCGCUGUCCCAAACAAAAUAAAUUCCGUUGGCAACUAUAUUAAAUGCUCCAACAGCUAUUUUUUUCAAAAUUUUGAACGUUGGGAACCCUUUCUCCUAUAUAUUUGGACCCCCUCUCCUCACUUUUACACACACAAACACAAUUCUGUCCCUUCCUCUUGCAUAUCUCUUUUUCUCUGCAACUUUCAUUGAGAAAUCUUCAUCAUCAUGGGGAAAGAUAAGAGCAGGGCACGAACCUCUGGAAAAUCAAAGUCCAAAUCCCGGGCACCGGCAAACAACUCCGAGGAGCGCCUCUACUAUGGCGAUGGGUCGUACCUCUGGUUUGAUUCCGAGGAGGAGCGCACUCGUUUUCUCACCUUCUUCUCUAAACAGGUUGUGGCUCCCCCACGGAUCGUCCCGGAGCGCCUACCGGAGCUGCAGGGCUAUGACAACCUCGACGCGCAGCUUCAUCAAACCGGCCUAUGGCCGUUUGUCUCCCAGGCUCGGAAGGAGAUCAACCCGACGAUGAUUCGGGCUUUCUACUCAAAUCUCCGGCGUGAGGACGACUUUAUUGUUGGAGAUGGUGCCCUUAUGGCCAACUUCUGUUGUAAUAUCUUAGAGACUUUCUAUCAUGUAAAGGCAGAUACCAUUUGCCUUCAUCAUCCAAGGUCUUCUAGAGUGCAGGCUUGCCCAAGUUUGAGUCAUAAAAACAAUGUUAUGAUGGAUGCGCAUAAGAUUGAUCGCUUUGCCGCCAAACAUGUGUGCGGAGUAGGAUUUCCAUAUUGCCCAUAAGAGGAAUCCUGGCAAGCAAGCUCGUAGAAUCCCUUUCAAGUUGUUCUUCGAGGAGGAGAUCCACCAUUGGAAAAGAAAAUGCACCUCGAAGGAAUAUUGUAGUUCAUGGU